AUGUCUUCGAACUUUUCAACGCCUAUUACCCCUCCAAUAGACUCUACUGGAGAUCGGUUGAUGACUUUGGAGACGUAUGAUGGAAUCUGUUUACAAGGUUAUUCAUUUGGUGCUCCAAAAUCAGUAGCUGGUGAACUUGUAUUCCAAACUGGUAUGGUGGGCUACCCUGAGUCUAUCACAGACCCUUCUUACGAGGGACAGAUCUUAGUUAUCACUUACCCCUUAGUCGGUAACUAUGGUGUUCCAGAUCGUGAAGCCAGAGACGAACUUGUCAACCAAAUUCCAAAGUACUUUGAGUCUAACCGUAUCCAUGUCGCUGGUUUGGUUGUUGCUCAUUACACUGAGGAAUAUUCACAUUACUUAGCUACCUCCUCUCUUGGAAAAUGGUUACAACAAGAAGGAAUUCCAGCCAUUUACGGGGUUGACACAAGAGCUCUAACCAAGAGAUUGAGAGAAAAUGGAUCCACGUUGGGUCGUAUUGCUCUACAAAAGGAUGGUGCUCCAUUAGAAGCUUCUUUGUCGGCAAUUUCUUGGAAGAGUAAUUUUGAUCUUCCUGAGUGGAAGGAUCCCAACGUUGAGAACUUGGUUGCCUCAGUUUCUGUCAAGCAGCCAGUUGUCUACGAUCCUCCAAGUGAUUUAGCCGUUCUUGGAGCUAAUGGAAAACCUUUAAGAAUCGUUGCUGUUGAUGUUGGUAUGAAGUAUAACCAAAUCCGUUGCUUCGUUCGUCGUGGUGUUUCGUUGAAAGUCGUCCCUUGGGAUUAUGAUUUUUCCGCCGAAGAAUACGAUGGUUUAUUUAUUUCCAACGGUCCUGGUGAUCCAUCCGUGAUGCAAGAAACAGUCAAGACACUUUCUAAGGUGAUGGAACAAGCAAAAACUCCAAUAUUUGGUAUUUGUCUUGGUCACCAAUUGAUGGCUAGAGCUUCUGGUGCCUCUACGUUAAAACUUAAAUUUGGUAACAGAGGUCAUAAUAUUCCUUGUACCUCUACCAUUUCAGGUAGAUGUUACAUUACUUCACAGAACCACGGUUAUGCUGUGGACACAAAAUCUUUAACUGACGGAUGGAAAGAACUAUUCGUUAAUGCCAACGACGGCUCCAAUGAAGGUAUUUACCACACUGAAAAGCCUUUUUUCUCCGUUCAAUUUCAUCCUGAAUCUACUCCUGGUCCAAGAGAUACCGAAUUUCUUUUCGACGUAUUCAUCCAGUCGGUUAUUGAUUUCCAACAAUCGAAACAGCUCAAGCCAGUUUCAUUCCCAGGAGGCCUAUUAGCAGACAACAGAGCCAAGUUCCCCAGAGUCGAAGUCAAAAAGGUCUUGGUCUUGGGAUCCGGUGGUUUGUCUAUCGGUCAGGCUGGUGAGUUUGACUACUCUGGUUCGCAGGCCAUCAAAGCUUUGAAUGAAGAAGGCAUUUACACCAUCUUAAUUAAUCCCAACAUUGCCACUAUUCAAACUUCCAAGGGUUUAGCUGACAAAGUCUAUUUCCUUCCUGUCACUGCAGACUUUGUCCGGAAGGUCAUUAAACACGAACGACCGGAUGCUAUCUACUGUACUUUUGGUGGUCAGACAGCUUUAAGUGUUGGUAUCCAGUUAAAAGAUGAAUUUGAAUCCCUUGGGGUUAAAGUUCUGGGUACUCAAAUUGACACAGUUAUUACUACAGAGGAUCGUGAACUCUUUGCCAGAGCAAUGGAUGAAAUUAAUGAAAAAUGUGCAAAAUCUCGAUCUGCCUCUAAUUUAGCCGAAGCCAAGGUUGCUGUGAAAGCUAUUGGAUACCCUGUUAUUGUCAGAGCCGCUUAUGCUCUCGGUGGUUUAGGUUCCGGUUUUGCCAACAAUGACGACGAGCUUAUUGCCCUUUGUAACAAGGCAUUUGCUACCUCUCCUCAAGUUCUGAUUGAAAGAUCCAUGAAAGGUUGGAAGGAAAUUGAGUAUGAAGUCGUUCGUGAUGCAUUUGAUAACUGUAUCACCGUCUGUAACAUGGAAAAUUUUGAUCCAUUAGGUAUCCAUACUGGUGAUUCUAUUGUUGUUGCGCCAUCUCAGACUUUGUCGGAUGAAGACUACAAUAUGUUGCGUACCACUGCUGUUAACGUGAUUCGUCAUUUGGGUGUUGUUGGUGAGUGUAACAUUCAAUAUGCUUUGAAUCCAUUUUCAAAGGAGUACUGUAUUAUUGAAGUGAAUGCCCGUCUUUCCAGAUCUUCUGCUUUAGCUUCCAAGGCUACCGGAUAUCCUCUUGCUUAUACUGCUGCAAAGUUGGGUUUGAAUAUUCCUUUGAAUGAGAUCAAGAACUCUGUAACAAAAGUCACUUGUGCUUGCUUUGAGCCAUCUUUAGAUUAUGUUGUCGUCAAGAUCCCAAGGUGGGAUUUGAAGAAGUUCACUCGUGUUUCCACUCUUCUUUCUUCUUCCAUGAAGUCUGUUGGUGAAGUAAUGAGUAUCGGUAGGACUUUUGAAGAGGCCAUUCAGAAAGCCAUCAGAUCUACAGAUUACCAUAACUUGGGAUUCAAUGUCACUGAUGCUUUGAUGUCAAUUGAUAUUGAUUCAGAACUUCAAACUCCAUCUGAUCAACGAUUAUUUGCCGUUGCUAAUGCUUUGGGUUCAGGUUAUUCCGUUGAAAAAGUUUACGAAUUAACGAAUAUUGAUAAAUGGUUCCUGCACAAGUUGGAUAGCCUAAUCCAUUUUGCUAAGAGAAUAGAGAGCUACGAGUCUCAGGAUAACCUACCUGUUUCUGUACUUCGUCAGGCAAAACAACUUGGUUUUGAAGACCGACAAAUUGCUUUGUUCCUUAAAUCCAAUGAAGUUGCCAUUCGUCGUCUUAGAAAGGAUGCCGGUGUUUUACCAUUCGUCAAACAAAUCGAUACUGUGGCUGCUGAAUUCCCAGCCUUUACUAACUACCUAUACAUGACUUACAAUGCAGACUCCCAUGAUUUGUCUUUUGAUGAUCAUGGUGUCAUCGUUCUAGGAUCAGGUGUUUACCGAAUUGGUUCCUCAGUUGAAUUUGAUUGGUGUGCAGUUACUGCUAUCAGAACAUUGCGUGAACAUAAGUAUAAAACAAUUAUGAUCAAUUAUAACCCAGAAACUGUCUCGACUGACUAUGAUGAAGCUGACCGUCUAUAUUUUGAGACAAUCAACUUAGAGCGUGUAUUGGAUAUUUACGAUGUUGAACAAUCUUCAGGUGUGAUUAUCUCUAUGGGUGGUCAAACUUCAAACAAUAUCGCCCUUCCUUUGCAUCGUCAAAACGUUAAAAUAUUGGGUACUUCACCAGAAAUGAUUGACUCUGCGGAGAAUCGUUAUAAGUUUUCUCGUAUGCUGGAUAGAAUUGGUGUUGAUCAACCCGCUUGGAAGGAACUUACUUCUAUUGAAGAAGCAGAGGACUUUGCUGACAUGGUUUCAUACCCUGUGCUUGUUCGUCCUUCGUAUGUGCUUUCCGGUGCAGCCAUGAACACUGUUUAUUCAAGAGAUGAUCUUGCCUCUUAUCUGACUCAAGCUGUUGAGGUUUCUCCUGACUACCCAGUUGUCAUUACCAAAUACAUCGAAAACGCCAAAGAAAUUGAGAUGGAUGCUGUUGCCAAAGAUGGUAAACUUAUCAUGCAUGUCGUUUCCGAACACGUUGAGAAUGCCGGUGUGCACUCUGGAGACGCCACUUUGGUUGUUCCACCUCAAGACUUAGCAAAGGAAACUGUUGACAGAAUUGUUGAAGCUACCGCCAAAAUUGGACAAGCCCUGCAAGUCACUGGUCCUUACAAUAUUCAAUUCAUUGCCAAAGACAAUGAGAUCAAGGUUAUUGAAUGUAAUGUUCGUGCUUCUCGUUCUUAUCCUUUUAUAUCCAAGGUAGUAGGGACUAACCUUAUUGAAAUGGCUACUAAGGCAAUUAUGGACAUUCCAGUUGUUCCUUAUCCAGGUGAGAAGCUUCCUGCUGACUACUGUGCUGUGAAGGUACCCCAGUUCUCUUUCUCACGUCUUUCUGGUGCUGACCCGGUCUUAGGUGUUGAAAUGGCUUCCACUGGUGAAGUUGCCUGCUUCGGUCACAACAAAUACGAAGCCUAUCUCAAAUCUUUAAUUUCUACUGGUUUUCAAUUGCCAAAAAAGAACAUAUUAUUUUCCAUUGGUUCCUACAAAGAGAAGCAAGAAUUGAUGCCCUCUGUUAAGAAGUUGUACGAACUUGGUUACAAAUUGUUUGCUACCGCAGGUACUGCUGACUUUAUCCAACAGCAUGGAGUUCCAGUUCAAUACUUGGAUCUGCUUCCAGAGGAAAACCAAAAGUCGGAAUAUUCAUUAUCUCAACAUUUGGCCAACAACUUAAUUGAUCUGUACAUCAACCUUCCUUCUUCUAACAGAUUCCGUCGACCAGCCUCUUAUAUGUCCAAGGGUUAUAGAACUCGUCGUAUGGCUGUAGACUAUUCUGUACCUUUGGUGACCAAUGUUAAGUGUGCUAAACUGUUGGUUGAGGCCAUCUCAAGAGACAUCACGUUAGAUGCUUCAAGUAUUGACUCUCAAACCUCGCACAAGACAAUCACAAUUCCAGGUUUAAUCAGUAUUGCUACGUUCAAUCCAUCAUUCUCUCUUGAGAACGGAUCCACCAACUUGGAGACUAUAACCAAGGCUGCACUUGCUUCUGGUUUUACAUUUACCUCCAUUUUACCUUCCAGUGUUGAUGAAACUUCAAUUGUCGAUUCCAGGUCUUUAGCGGGAGCUACUGAGGUUGCCUUGUCUUCUGCUUAUACCGAUUACUCAUUUUCUGUUGCCGCUACGGAGCAGAAUUCCACACAAAUAGCCCAGGUUAUCAACAAGACUGCUUCCUUGUUCCUUCCUUUCAACAUAUUUACUAGAAACAAGGUUGCUGCUGUUUCUGAACAUUUCAGUGUCUGGCCUGAGUCCAAGCCAAUCAUCACAGAUGCCAAAACUACUGACUUGGCAUCCGUCUUAUUGAUAGCAUCAUUACACAACCGUAAGAUUCACGUUACAGGUGUUUCUAGUAAAGAUGAUUUGGCUCUUAUUUCAUUAGCCAAGCAGAAGAAAUUGCAGAUUACGUGUGAUGUGUCAAUCUAUUCUCUAUUUGCUUCUCAGACUGAGUAUCCUGGGGCAGAUUUUUUGCCCACUAAACAAGAUCAGGAAAGUCUCUGGGAAAACAUUGCUGAAAUUGAUUGUUUCUCAAUUGGAUCCGUUCCAUCAUUGCUCGCUCAGCAUCUUGGCAAGCCCAUUACUGCAGGGCUGGGUGUUUCUGAUGCCUUGCCAUUGUUAUUCACUGCUGUGGCUGAUGGCCGUCUUGCCGUUACUGACAUUGUUAGCAAAUUAUACGAGCGUCCUAGAGAAAUCUUUGAGCUAAAUGCGGACGAAUCUGUUGUGGAAAUUGAUUUGGAUCGUGCUAUGAGUUCUUUGAAAUCAGUUAACGACAUAUUCUCCCCUUUCUCGGCUGCUAAAUUGAAAGGUGUUGUUGAAAGAGUUUACAGGAAUGGACAGACAGUUUGUUUAGAAGGCUCUGUUGUUAUUGGAGAACCAUUAGGUAAGGAAGAGAUUUACAGAGGCAGACAUGCUUCGUUUGUUGAAUCACAGGAUGCUAUGUCUCCAUUAAUCAGAAGGGCUAAGCGCUUUUCCUUCAGUGAGCCAGGUCAGCAACUUCCACUUGUAAAUGAACAAGAAGAGGUUGCUCGCCAGUUAGGAACUAAGCUGGUGUCUCAGCCUCCUCGUGAGCUUUCUCCACCUAAUGCUAUCACGACUUACAUUAGAAAAGAGAAUCCUUUCUUGCGCCGCUCUGUUUUAUCAGUGAAUCAAUUUUCUCGUAAACAUUUCCACGCUCUGUUCAGUGUUGCUCAGGAAAUGAGAUUGGCUGUUGAGAGGCAGGGUGUUUUGGAUGUGUUGAAGGGUAGAGUGCUGACUACUGCUUUCUUCGAACCAUCCACAAGAACCAGAUCUUCGUUUGAUGCUGCUAUGCAAAGAUUAGGAGGUAGAGUGGUUUCCAUUAACGAAACCCAUUCUUCUGUCCAAAAGGGAGAAACUUUGCAGGAUACAAUUAGAACAAUGGCCUGCUAUUCUGAUGCCAUUGUUCUUCGUCAUCCUGACCCCGAAAGUGCAAGUAUUGCUGACAAGUACUCACCUAUUCCAAUCGUCAACGGUGGUAAUGGCUCAAGAGAGCACCCAACACAAGCAUUCUUGGAUUUGUUCACCAUUAGAGAAGAAUUGGGUACUGUGAAUGGUAUCGUUGUUACUUUCAUGGGUGAUCUGAAAUAUGGACGUCCAGUCCAUUCUCUAUGCCAUUUGUUACAACAUUACCAAGUUCGUAUCCAAUUGGUUGCUCCAAAGGAGUUGUCUUUGCCAAAGAAUUUGAAGCAAGAGCUGAUUGAUUCCGGAAUUUUGAUUGGCGAGUACACUGAACUCACAGAAAACAUCAUUGCAAAGAGUGACGUAGUCUACUGUACCAGAAUUCAGAAAGAGAGGUUCACUGACCCUGCUCAAUAUGAAUCUCUCAAGAACUCGUAUGUCAUUGACAACAAGGUUAUGUCUUAUGCCAAACAACACAUGUGCCUGUUGCACCCUCUUCCUAGAGUUAAUGAGAUUCAUGAGGAAGUUGACUUUGACCAGCGUGCAGCUUACUUCAGACAAAUGAAAUACGGCCUGUACGUCAGAAUGGCUCUACUUGCCAUGGUUAUUGGUGUUGACUUUUAG